AUGCCGGUGCUGAGUAGAGAUACAGAGCGCUUGGGCGCGGGCGUCUUCAGCACGUUCCCGCAGCCCUCCACGAUCGGGGUCAUUCCCCACAUUGUCGAAGACGCCGCUCCGUGGCCGGCGGAGGUGCAGGCGCUGGCGGAGGCGUUCACGAAGGAGGAUGUGUUGCCAGACUAUGUGCGGAAGCUCCAACGGUUCUUCUCAUCGUAUCCCAUGCCACCGGACGGCACUGUACACCUUGAACUACCCGAUCCUGGACACCCUCUACUGAGAAGACUAAUCCCCCUAUGCUUUGCCACGUCCUCACUCUAUAACGACGGCAACCUCCGCUUCUCGGGCAUGAGCGCUCAAGUCGCGGUCCCUUUUAUCUCUUCCCUCCUUCGAGCUCUGGACUGGCCAGAGUCAAGAGUGGCUGUAGACGAGGCUUUCGCACGACCUAUCGACCCAUGUUGCUUUGACGACCCGAACGCGCCCUUCCAGCCACCCUACAUGGUUGCAGACGCGCUGUUGCUUCUGUCAGCCCCCUGGGUACCACAAGCGUUGGCCGAAUCCGAAGUUGGGUCCCACGACUACUCAAGCCAUGGAGGCCCACCUUCCGCCGUGGACGAGGAUUCCUGCGAGACGCCCAGCUCGACAUACAGUCAAGAAUCGUCGCACGUCGACGGGCCACCGGCUUACACGCAGCUGCUUUCCGCACCCUCGUUCGACCAAGUUGAAGUCCCAUUCAUCUGCGUCGCGUCUUCGGCGACGUUGUACAUCCUCAUGGCCAGUGCGAUCUUGCAACGGCGGGCGCUCGGGAUACGAGAACCUGUCAUCGGUCUCGCCCUGGACCCCAACUCGAGCUUAGCACGCAUAGCGCUCGGCUGGUUCGAGCCUGUACAUGAAUCAUGUGUCGACAUUCACGUCGCCCACUGCUCAGACAACUUCCUAUCCUCCAGCGACACAUCGAAACCAUCCAUCAGCAAACGCCCGACAAGAGAAGACCGACGCGCGCGGGGCCUAUACGAUCUGCGAGAACCCCUUGAAGCGCUCGAGCUUGCCUUGGCGGUAUCCUCGCUCUACGAGUACGCCGUCGACGUCCUGGACUGCGCGAAAAUCGGGCUGGAGGCCGCGCGGAUGGUCUCGCCUCAGGACUCGGCUGCCCGAUGGCGCCUAGUUGAUGCGGGACGCGAUACGGAGGUGCAUGUUGCUACGCCGGGGUACCUCAAGCUACGCAUGUACGACUGGCUUCGUGCGGUGCAGAUGUCGCAUGAGGGGCCGAAGUGA